CCUCCCGAUCCAGUCCUCUCCCACCCACCGCCGACCUCGCCGUCCUCCUUACCCACCACCGCCGACCUCGUGCCUCCCUCCCCUCUCCGCAUCUCUCGACCACCUCUACGUCCGAGGAGAUCGAGCGAGCGCCCGAGUGCGCCCGUCCUCGCAGCCUCCUCCCAGGAUUCCCCGCACCCGAGCCCCAAGAGAGGAGCUCCUCUUGUGUUUUUGCAUGCCGCCGCCGGCGACCACCAGCCACAGCUUGCCGGAGCCAGCAGAUGAGUGCCACCCUUCUUCUCUGUUCUCUUCUUCCCGUGCUCUCUUUCUUCCUCCUUUCUCUCUCUCACACAUCUCGAUUUCUCUCUCUGCCUUGGAUCUUCAGCCGGAAGGGCGCCUCGGGCUUCUCCUAGGCCUCCACCGUCGACCAUGUCACCGCCGGCAUCUCCGCGUCCUGCCUCACCGCAAUAGUCACGGGUGUGUCGAGCGUGAUCGGCGCGGAGACGGCACGGGUGCUGGCGGCACGCAGGGCCCACGUCGUCAUGGCCAUCCGCAACCUCGCCGCCGCAGAGGACGUGCGUCAGGCCGUCCUCGCCGAGUCCCCCGCCGCCAGCCUCGACCUCAUGGAGCUGGACCUCUCCUCCCUCGCCUCCGUCCGCAAGUUCGUCGGUGACAUUGACGCCACCGGCCUCCCCCUCAACAUCCUUGUACUCGAAGGAGACUAUACGCAAGGCUCUUCGGUUGUGAGAGUGUCCAGGGGUCCUGGGUGCGGCUAAUGCCUAUAUCUGUGGCCGCACUUGACACUGCCCUCUCUUUAAGGGCACAUAUCAUUUUUUAUAACUCUGCUAUCUUUUCCCAAGUCUUUAUUAUCUUGCCUAGCCUUGUACUGAUAUGUAUUUGUUUGAUGCUAAUUACCCAAGUUAAUGCAUGAUGUUAAGGAUAACCUGAGAACACUUGCCUAAGUUUAUAAGAUAUGCAUGUGACAGUUCAAACCUACUUUGCUGCUCUUUCAAUGCUUUUGCUGCUGUACUGUGCUUCUCUAGUUGUUUGAAUGCUUCUGCUGCUAGCCUGCUAGACUGCUACUAGCUUGAAUAGGUGUGCACUUGUGCUGGUGGUGGUGCUGCUUGUGUUGUUGCUGCUAAUUAAAUGCUUAUACUCAUGCUGCUGUUGAUUAAAUUCUUAUGUUGUUGUUGCAUGCUUAUGCUAUUGAUUCAAUGCUUUAGAAAUUGAUUGAAUUGAACCUAUUGUAAUUCUUCCUGUUAUACUCAUAUUUAAUUUUUGGGUUUCUAGUUGAUUUUUUAGUCUGUUAUAUACGGUUCAUCUUCAAUUUCUUCUGUAACCUGCUUGGAGCUUAGAAUACACAACCCAACUACUCUCAUAUACAACUAAGACCGAUGAUUCAUGCUCAAUUCUGUAUAUGUAUGUAUGACCAGUAAAGUUGGAAGAUCCAAAUUAAUAUUAAAGUUAAUAUGCUCAAUUUUGUACCAUAUUCAUGCUCAUGCAUCACUAGUUACUGCUUUUUUGCUUGGUCUAUUUUGGCUCAGAACCUAAGUAUACCAAAACUAAUUAAACAAUUUCUCCAACUUACCAAAAUAGUCAUAAUUGUCUCCUGCCUUAUGAUGUUAGUCUCUGUGCACUUACUAGUAUUGUUAGUUGAAUGGAUGGUCGUGGUAGUAGAAUAGGAUUUUUCUUUAGGUGGGUGUUAUAGUGAUGUUCAUUUUAUUACCUAAAUUUGUACCAAUGUACCAUGCAGGUAUGUAUAGAUUACUAUUGUAGAACAACAUCAGGUUAAUCUAUUGCAUUCAAGUUGUUGGAAGUUUUGUUAUGCCAUGCUUAGUGUUUACUGAAAUGGGGCAUUUGGUCUCUUGAAAGAUUAUUAUUUACUUCUAGUGUAUUUCACUAAUUGUUUUUCUAGAUCAGGAUCUAAUGUC